AUGUCUGAUGAUAGAAGGAAACUGAAUAAACAUAGCACGGGCACUGUCCCAAAAGUAAAAUAUACUGUCAAGUAUCGUAACAAUACAGGUCAACAACAGUUGUAUAGUGAGAGGGACAAUUUGAGAAAUUUGCCAAAUAAUUUGAGUUCAGAGUGGCCCCCUAGAAGGUUAGAAACCAAUUUUCCACGUAACAAACAACAUACUACUUAUGAAUUAAUGGAUUCAAUGAUGGAAGAGCCUCAUCCAAAUGGGAUUUACGCGAAUGGUACCAUAAAUUCAAGCCAAAGUAGUUCCUCAAAUUCCAGAAGAAAUUCCUGUGGUACUGUUCCCAAGUGUGAUAACAUUACAAAGUAUCCAAACAAAAAACAAAUAGAAGAUAAACUUAAUCAAAUUAGAGAUUACCUCCAUAUUACCACUUCUUUAAUGUCAGGCAUGAAAAACUCAGAUGAUCAGAAUGCCGAUGAAAACGAAAAAGACAACCUUUCUUCUAUGAUUGAGGCCCUAAAAGACAGUGAAGCUAAACUGAAUUCUCUAUUGGCAAAUGAGUUCGAAGAGAAUUCCGAAUGUCUUGGAGACAAUUUAUCAGAAAGAAAAAAUGAAUUGGACGCUUCAGCUAACAGAGAAGCUGUUACAGAUUUGCAACGUUUGAAGCAAAAAGGAGAUAGUAGAUUGAGAGAAGCUAGAGAACUACAAGAAAGAUUAUCAAGAGCGAAUAGAAUGGAAAAUAACCUACAAGAAUUUGAUUUGGCAAUUGCCGAUUUCGAAGAAGCAAAUUCAAGACUGAUCGAAGCAAAAGGAGAUGUUAAUCAUUUUCAACAGUCCGAAGAAGCAAGCAAUUACAUAACAGAGGAAAUAGAAGAGUUGCAGAAUCAAAUACAAGUAGUACAUAAUGCAAACGAAGAUAGGAAGAAAUUGAUACAGUUGUUAGAUAAGAGGGAUGCGGAGUUGAGAUCCCAACACUUGGAGCUGCAAAGUAAAUUAACCGAACUUCAAACGAAAAAAUCCCAAGUGGAUCAUUUGGUAGCUGCUUUGCAGAAUGGGAAGGAACAAGAUGACGAAAUGGGUUCCCAUGUUCAAACGAUAGUUACGAUGAAAGAUAAACUUGCGAAAUUGAAAGACAUGCUUGCCAUGGUGGAAAGCACCGAGGUUCUCAUGUGCAACGGUACACAAGAGGAGCAAGCUGUUGCAUGUGAAAUAUACAAUAAGGCCGAGAGUUUCUUAAAUAAGGAUUUGGCUAAGGGAAACUGUUCUAAUCAAUCGCAGCUCGAGAACCAUCUGGCUCUUCAAUACGAGAACAGUCCUUCUUUGAACAUGGAUCGUAGCAAGUUGAUGAAUAAGAACAGCAGAGAUUCGAGAAGUCAGAGUAACGAUUCAAAUUUGAAGGUUAACGAGAAGCUGGCUUUACAGGCGGAACUUAGGGCCAAAAAGAGGGAGUUGGAAGAAAUUAUGGGUAAACAUAAAGCAAGCUCUUCAAAUUUGAAUCACGAUGUUGGGACGGACAAUAAGUCGGAGUUCAGUUGUAGUAACAGUAUAUUUGACAAUAUCAGUGGGGUUUGGACUCCUUUACUGCCUAUGCAGCAUAACCAGCCAGGCUCAAGUGAUAGAUAUUCAAGUGUUUUCAGUGACGAAGGUACCGACGAUGUGAACGAGUUCUCAGAGAUGGUAUCCAACCAACAGAACCAGACUCUACUUCCUCCUUCCGCCCCUCCAGCAUCAGCGAACGCUGGAAAAUUUUCAUCCGACAGGAAUGCAGAAUCUUUGGUCCAAGCCUACGAGCAGCUUGGCCAGCCCUACUUCUUCAGGAGCGAUGGAAACCCCAGAGGAGCUGUUUCGGCCCCCGAAGCCAAUUCCAGCUUCAGCAGAGGCUCUUCAGUCUCUAACGUCGGACAGGGAGAAAAGCAAAAUAUGCAAAAGCAGUUGGAGCUUAUCAGGAGCGUUUGCGAUUCGAUGCUACCUCAGCCGUCAACCACACAAACGAACGUUCACCAACUGAGGAAUAACUUGACACCUUCACCGAUUUACUCAGAAUUGAGACAGUUUUCUUCGCCCAAUCCGCACUCGAUGAACGCUCUGAACGUUGUCAAUCCUCAAGCCGACAACACUUGGCAUGCUGGUAGCGGUCAACCGAAUGUUUCCUUCCCUGACGCUGCCAACUAUCAGAAUUGGCUUACGACGAACACCUUGCAGACUCAGGCUUUCAUGUUGAACUCGCUGAAUCAGUGUUGCCAGAUGCUGUGGCUGCAACAGAGAGAGCUCACCAAUCUGAGAGGAAUGAUCACGGCCUUACAACAAGAGAGGUUAUCGAGCCCCCAUUAUAACAACGAAAGUCAGAUGACACCUCCGUCUAACCAAAGCAUGAAUUGCAGUCAAGUUGAACCUCACCAAACCUCCAUUAUGAACCAAGCGGUUCCUCCGAUCAAUCCUUGCAGUCCAUCGUUGAAUCAGUGCAGAUCGAUGAACCCCAAGAUGAACACAGGCGUUUCGGCUUGUUCCAUUCCAAAUAUCAAUCAGUUCAACAGCCCUCCUGUCACUGUAGAUCCCAUCUUGGCCAACCACAACAACUUGCGGCUCAUGGACACCACCUUGAAUAAUAUGAACUCGUUGAAUAAUUCGGAUCAUAUGAGAAACAUAAAUUUGGCAACUCUGCAAAGCGCUGGCGACAACAUGAAUCCUCUGCCUGGUCAUAUGUGGCCCGGACAUGCUCUGAAUAAUCAAGUGCCCCCAGGGAAUAGGGCCAAUAAUUAUUGGGAUAAUUUUCGGAGUUAUUCAAGACAGAAUCUGUUGUCAACGAAAAGCAACGAUGGAAUACAAAAUUCGCCAAUUAUCGAUAGAACGAACAACAUGACUCCUCGAACUGCACCUUUCGAGGCUCUGAACUUACCCAAAAGCAACUCCCAACACUUAACAGCCUCUCCACAAGAAAAUGUACCGCAGAGGUCCUGCGUGAGACCUUCAAGACGUUAUCCAAAUACCAAUAUAGCUGUUGUACCUCCUGACGUGUUGAAUAUAAAUCAAAAUAUCAAGAACGAAGGCUUCCCCUUGACUCCGAUCCAGAACGAAAGUCGAAAUCUUAACGAAACAGAGGGUAGUACCCCAGGAGGUGUGUCAUCCUCUGCCAAUAACGCCUCUAGAAUACAAAGGAGACAUUCCAACGUUGUAGCGCCAUCUGUUGAGAAUGUACAGAACCCACGUCGAAGGAACACCUCCAACGAGUCAGUGAAUACUGAAGGAACUACGCGAUCUCGAUUAUUCGAGGAACUUCGUGAGAAUGUCUACAGAGAAGUUGCUUCUUUGAUAUCGGCCAAUGAGGCAAGACCCCAUUUUCUUAUACAAUUAUUCAGAGAUCUUCAGCUGGUCAGUUCGGACCCCCUCAGAUUGAAGACCUUGCAAUCUAUACAAGUUUUGAUUAGUCAGUCGUUCAGGAAUUCGCAAAAUUCAGCAUCCCAGGAACCCUCUCCGAAUCAAGAAGUUCCUCCGAUUUCCAACGAAUUCUCCAUGCAGUCCACAGUUUGGUCACCGAUACCGCCAAACUCUGUACCGAAGAAUGCUACGAUACUGGAAGGCCUACUUUCUAAAAAGGGAGAUUUAGCGAAGGUUCACUAUAUGUUCCACGAGAUAAUUCCGUUUUUGAAUGAGAACGAGCAUCUUGUGAUAGAUCAUGCGUUUCUGGCAGUUUUGAAACAGAAGAUUCUGGAAGCGAAAUCGUUCAAGAAGAUAGUGAAGGACACGAUAUUUCAGAAGCACUUCUCGAACGUUCUAGAUCACGUAUUGAGUUUCUAUAAUGACAAACUCUUGUCGUUGGUGAAAAUCUCGCUGGUGCAGAGCGUCCGAGAACUGUUGGACCGCGAACUCUCCUUUAUGAAUCUCAUACAGAACAGCGGGGAAUCUCAGCUGAACGACCUUGCGGCCUCCGGUGCAUCUCAAAAUCCCAACUUGAGGUCUCAACAUCCACCCGUCAAGACUGAACCCACAGAAAGCGGGGCUGCUAUUCAGAUUCAAAACGGAGAUUUGGCGGAAGCGGAUCAGAGUCACGUGGAAGACGAGGAUAUUGAAGAAGAGGGCGCUGUAGGUGGUGUUUUGGAGCCUCCAUUGGAGCAGGCUAGGACCUCCACCGAUAACAAUAUUAAGGAUGAUGGAGAUUUGGCUUCGUCCAAUGAAGCUUUUGCCACGUCAACAGAGGCAGAAUCCCAGUAUCAAUUGGGACUUGACCAAGUUCCUACUAGAUUGCCCAUAAAAUCCAGAAGCCGAUCUAAUACUCCAAGUAAAGAACGAUCGUCAAAACAUGAAAGUGACCAUUAAGAUCGCUUGAGAUGAAUCUUUGAAUAAAAAAUAUUUAUGCUUUUUAUGUAUUACAUGUAAUUAGAUUAUGUCUACACUUUUAUUUGUCUAUUUAUUCCCAUCAAGAUUGUAUUAUUCAGUAUGUUAUGAAUAAAAAAUGUUUUCCUUUCAAA